AUGGUGCUUGACCACUUUAUCAGUUCGAUCCAUCAUGGCAGCAAUUCCCACGCCCAAUCACAUAUAAGCAAGGCUGCUGUCAUCAAUGCUAUCGUACGCCCUUUCUUCCUACUUGUACGCACAUCAUCAUCAAUGGCCUUUGGUGACAUAAGUACAUGCUUCAUCAGAGCUAGAGUUUUCGGAGAAGUCAAACCUUGCAAUGUGGAUAACCGAAGUGCUGCGAUCGACUUGGUGCGCUUAUGCGUCUUCGGCAAAGAUAACAUUGAUGUGCAUAAAGCGGACAAAAUUUUAUUAUUUCAUGUCAUUGGGUGCAAGGUGACAUUUUAUGUUGAAACACUCUAUGAUGAAGGGCUUUAUGUAGUAGCUGAGCUGUGUACUGUUACUUUGCCAUCUUCAUUGAAGGAAUUCGCCGCACUGACUGAGAAUGUGGACAACCUGCUUGACGUAUACUUGACAAUGAAGACUGUGAGCUGCAACUUGGAUCAAUGCAAAUGGGAAGCAAACCGACGAGACACAUUGGAUACACCAAGUUUCCGUGCUGCUAUGAGCAAGUCAAAACAUCACCAAACAUGCCUUGUUCUUAUGUAG